GUGGUGAUGGCUGUGACGCAGCUCUACUUCCACCUGGCACCCAAGGUGGAGGUUGGUGUCAUCGCCAAGGCACUGGUGCGGCUCCUGAGGAGUCACAGUGAGGUGCAGUAUGUUGUGCUGCAGAACGUGGCCACCAUGUCCAUCAAACGGAGGGGGAUGUUUGAGCCCUACCUGAAGAGCUUCUACAUCCGCUCCACAGACCCCACGCAGAUCAAGAUCCUCAAGCUGGAGGUCCUCACCAACCUGGCCAACGAGACCAACAUCUCCACCAUCCUGCGGGAGUUUCAGACCUACAUCCGCAGCAUGGACAAGGACUUUGUGGCGGCUACCAUCCAAGCCAUCGGACGCUGUGCCACCAACAUCGGGAAGGUGAGGGAUACCUGCCUCAACGGCCUGGUCCAGCUCCUCUCCAACCGGGACGAGCUGGUGGUGGCCGAAUCCGUGGUGGUCAUCAAAAAGCUGCUGCAGAUGCAGCCGGCCCAGCACAGUGAGAUCAUCAAGCACAUGGCCAAGCUCACUGACAACAUCCAGGUGCCAAUGGCACGAGCCAGCAUCUUGUGGCUCAUCGGCGAGUACUGCGAGCACGUGCCCAAGAUCGCACCUGACGUGCUGCGCAAGAUGGCCAAGUCCUUCACCAAUGAGGAGGACAUCGUCAAGCUGCAGGUCAUCAACCUGGCAGCCAAGCUCUACCUGACCAACUCCAAGCAGAGCAAGCUGCUGACCCAGUACGUCCUCAACUUGGCCAAGUAUGAUCAGAAUUACGACAUCCGCGACCGGGCUCGCUUCAUCCGCCAACUCAUUGUGCCCACCGAGAAGAGCGGGGCCCUCAACAAGUAUGCUAAGAAGCUCUUCCUGGCCCAAAAACCUGCUCCCAUCUUGGAGUCCUCCUUCAAAGAUCGGGAUCAUUUCCAGUUGGGCUCCCUGUCCCAUCUGCUCAACACCAAGGCUGUGGGCUACCAGGAGCUGCCUGACUGGCCAGAUGAGGCCCCCGACCCCUCUGUGAGGAACGUGGAGGUUCCCGAGUGGACCAAGAGUACCAGCCGGGAGAAGAGGAAGGAGAAGGUGGAGAAACCUUUCUACUCUGACUCAGAGGGCGAGUCGGGGCCAACGGAGUCCGCAGACAGUGGUGAGGACUUGGUAGCACAGGGGAGGGGGUCACCAUGCAGCAGCAGCAGCUCUGGCAGCUCCAGUUCUGGCAGUGAGGAGGAAGACGAGGAGGAAGAGGAGGAAGAAGGCAGUGGGGAGCAGUCAGAGGACAAGGAGGAGGAGGAGGAGAAGAGGAAGAAGAGAAAGGAGAAGGAAGGCUCCCGGAAGGCAGCCCUGGGGAGCAUGGGCAG